CCGAGACCCGCGGGCCGCGCGCUGCUGCUCGGCGGGUGCCGGGGUGCUGCAGGGUGCCGGGGGCCCCGGCCGACGGCGGCGCCAGCAUGGCGAAGGAGGUGCGGGAGCAGUACGAGCCGGUGGCGGAGAUCGGCGUGGGCGCCUACGGCACCGUCUACAAGGCGCGGGACCUGCAGAGCGGCAAGUUCGUGGCGCUGAAGAACGUGCGGGUGCAGACGACAGAGAACGGGCUGCCCCUGAGCACCGUGCGCGAGGUGGCCCUGCUCAAGCGCCUCGAGCACUUCGACCACCCCAACAUCGUCCGGCUGAUGGACGUCUGUGCCACGGCGCGGACGGAGCGCGAGACCAAGGUGACGCUGGUCUUCGAGCACGUGGACCAGGACCUGAAGACCUACCUGGACAAGGCGCCUGCGCCCGGGUUGCCGCUCGACACCAUCAAGGACCUCAUGCGGCAGUUCCUCCGUGGCCUCGACUUCCUGCACUCGAACUGCAUCGUCCACCGGGACCUCAAGCCCGAGAACAUCCUGGUGACCAGCAACGGGCAGGUCAAGCUGGCCGACUUUGGCCUGGCCCGCAUCUACAGCUGCCAGAUGGCCCUGACCCCUGUGGUGGUGACGCUGUGGUACCGGGCGCCCGAGGUGCUGCUCCAGUCGACCUACGCGACGCCCGUGGACAUGUGGAGCGUGGGCUGCAUCUUCGCCGAGAUGUUCAGGCGGAAGCCCCUUUUCUGCGGUAACUCGGAGGCCGACCAGCUGGGCAAGAUCUUCGACAUGAUUGGGCUCCCCGUGGAGGACGACUGGCCCCUGGACGUGGCCCUGCCCCGCUGCGCGUUCACGGCCCGGCCCCCCCAGCCCGUCGAGGGCUUCGUCCCCGAGAUGGAGCCGCUGGGGACCCAGCUGCUGCUGGAGAUGCUGACCUUCAACCCCUACAAGCGGAUCUCCGCCUACGACGCACUGCGGCACCUUUACCUCCAGGAGCGCGGCGGGGGCGAGGGGCCGUGCAGGACUGGACUCGGCCCCGGCGGCCCCGCGGCCCCCCCAGCGCUUACGAACUCGGGGAUCGACCCCUUUUCCCGCGGCGCCGGGGGCGUGCGAAGGGCUCGCGCGGGGGCUGCCGCCGGUGAGUGCCUGUGAAGCGCUCGCGCGGGCGGUCCCGGGGCGCGAGCCACCCGGGGAGGGGGCCGGGCGCCCGGGUCCCCCGCUCCCCCCCCCCCCAACCCUCGCGCGAGCCGCGUGCGGGGGAAGACGAGGCUUCCCUGCACUGGUGCUCUGCUCGCGCGGUGGAGCUGGGGGCGGGAGGGGGGGGGGAGCCCCUCGUGCGAGGGGUACCUCGUGCGAGGCCCCGGCCCGGCCGCGCUCCCCCUGUGCUGCGGCUGCCGGUUGCUAUUUAUGAGGAUUCGGCGUGGAUUUUUUGGGGGGCAGGGAGGGGUGGGCACGCAGAGACGCGCACCGCGUUUUCUCCUGGCUCCAGCCACUGCCCUUCCCAAUAAAGGGGCGCCGGCAGUGCCCGGGGUGGCCUGGCCCCGUCCCCGCGUCGUCA